AUGAAUAAAGGAGACACGUCUUUCGAGCACUCUUUACAUUUGGAAAUACCAUUUGAAAGCAUUAAACAAGCUGAUGUAGCAAGGAAAGUGCUGCUUCCAGACCCCAUCAUGAAACCAGAGGAUUUCCAAGUUACUUAUUCUACGCAAGACACCAAACUUAUAUGUGAUUUUGAAAGCGUUGACGAGCGUAUUUUACGUGUAGGUGUGAACAGUGUCAUUGAAUCAAUCAAGACAAUCGUAGAAACUAUUGAUGAGUUGUGCUAA